CCCACCAAAACACUCCCUCACUCUCACAAGCAAAACCAAAGAGACGAGAGAGAGAGAGAGAGAGAGAGAAUGGCUGCCGUGGUGUUGGACGACGCCGUUUCGGGUGGCGGUGGAGGAGGCCGGGCGGGAUGCAUGACGAGCCACGACGUCGUCGGUGGAGGGAGCUUGGAGAGCUACAGGUACUACGUGUCUCGUCGUACGGUGAUGGAGAUGCUGAACGACCGAGGCUAUAACGUCGCCGACUCGGACCUCACUCGCUCGCUCACUGGGUUCCGUACCGCGUUCGGCCAAAACCCUGACCUCGACCGCCUCACCAUCUGCGCCUCUCUCCGCUCCAAUUCCAAGAACAAGAUUAUGGUCAUCUUCUGUGGAACUGAUGAAAUCAGAAAGGCGAGUGUUCGUGCCAUUUAUGCUAACCUCCUGAACAAAGAUAUAAGCUCUCUGAUGCUUGUCCUGCAAAGUAAAAUGAACUCCUAUGCUCGAAAAGAACUGGAAAACUAUCCUUACAAAGUUGAAACUUUCCACAUCUCUGAACUGCUGGUCAAUGUCACAAACCAUGUUUUACAGCCAAAGUAUGAGAUACUUUCUGCUGAAGAAAAGAAACAUCUGCUAAGGAAGUUCAAGUUGGAAGACAAGAAGCUCCCUCUCAUGCUGGAAACCGAUGCAUUUGCACGCUACUAUGGAUUGGAGAAGGGACAGGUGGUAAAGAUUACUUACCGUGGUGGAGCUGUUGGUGCCCUCAAAACUUACCGUUGCAUUGUCUGAUCCUUCUAAAAGAUUUAUUGUAUGCCACUUUAUGCAGUGAUGGCAUACAAAAAAGAAGUUAACAUCAUAGAUAGGUUUUUCACCAGGUACAAAAGCAGGUUUUGAUUUGAUGGAGUAUUUAGUUUGUGGGUCAGUUAACAAGUUUGAAGAUAUCUCCAUAGAUAUUGCUAUUUGUAGCACUUACUUUUUGUGGGUCUUGCUUUUGAGUCUUGAAUGACAUGUUGCUACAGAUACUAGAGAAGAGAAGUAACUCUACACAAUAUUACGUGUUGACCCAUUUAUGAAGAGAAAAUUCAUCA